AUGUUGUUUUUAUUAAAUUUUAAAAAAUACCCGAAAUCGGAUCAUCAGUUUGCGUGUCCGUGUCCCUUGGCAUUGGUACUGGAGUCGGUUCCGGUGAAGGCCCAGCUAGUGACCUUGGAAGACGCGGAAGAAGUAAUUUCUGUUGUUUGGAUGCACCGGAAAUGCAGCGGCGCAGGGGACGCUCCGAAUGGACGUGGUGGAAUCUUCGAGUACGAAGGCUUUCGAUAUUGCCGGGAUGUUGGAGUAUACUUUUCAGGAAAAAGCUUGCAGAGCCUCGUCCAGAACCGCACUUUUUCCAACGAUGCUGCGCUGCCUGGUCGGCCUCUACCACAGAGGCGUACAAACUACUGCGUCCACAUGUGCCUGAUUUUCCUGGAGAACGCCGAAUUGCUCGAAAAACCUGACCUUGCAUAAACUCGGUCCUGGUGGCUUACCAGAUCGAAUUCCACCUUGAAGCCGCAAGGUACAAAGGCUGCGGCGGUAGCAGCUGCGCUGGAAGUUAAGAAAUAAGGAGAGGCGGACGUUUCGUGGCCACUGGCCCUGCAGGACAAACCCAACCAAUCAUCAUCACCACCACCACUACAACACCGGCUGAUGCGUGCCGCUGAUAUGCCCAUCCGUGGUCCGCUGCUCGCCGAGUCGUAAAACCCGCACAUCCGUCAUGGAGUGGCCAUGGCCCUCGAAAGGUCGUCAUCGCUGUCCUGUAUUUUGCAGCACAUGCCUGUAUCGAGACGAGAAAACGGACAACGCUCAAGACGCCGAUUCCAAGAUGCUUGUCGACGAAGAUUCCAGCGCCAAUCCAAACAAGUUAAGGCAAGGAGGAAGCCAAAGGAGGAGAAAAAUUAUAAGUCCAAGGACGCCACUCCAGCGCCGCCAACAAACUCCAUCGAUCGCUGCCACCGAAGACCCCGAAUGGGCCCGAACUCAGCUUCGACAUUCAGGACACCGAUCGUGCACAACCCGGCUCGCAUGAUGCGCGUCCAAGUGAAGUUGAUUAGCAAGGACGUCACCAUCAGCGAGAACGUGAUAAUGCAGCAUAACGCGGCCGCCGGCGUGCAAGUGCUGGUAUAGCGCGGUACGGCGCACGAGCCGAAGAAUGACGACCUGGAACUGAAUGCGCACGAGCCGUCCGAGUACAUUGAGGAUUACAUGAAGACAGAUACAUUUAUUGCUAUAGUGAAUGGUUUUUAAUGAUAAUUAUUACAAUGUCAUUUAAUUUAUUGUUACUUUAAUUUUUCGGUAUUUGAUGCGAUUGAUAAAAUAAAGCUUUGCUGAUUUAAGCGCCAACGAUGGCGUACGAAUCGGCCAUCUUCGCGUGCAGUCCCAGCUUGCGCGGCUUGAGCCAUCCUUGUGACCUCCAGCUGAGCAACAUAUCGGGAAUCGAAUGAACGGUUCAUCACGUCGGAUUCCAGAAAGCGUUGGUUCAGCUUGCAGUCGUGACCUUUGUGACAAACCUUGGUGCACUUGGUGCAGUAGCACAGCGACUCGGUCAGGCCACACGUGCAGCACCGGUCUAGGUGAAUGAGCAGGUGUCAUAGAUUCAAAGGAUUCUGAGUGGAGAUUGAUCGGGGACACUU